AUGGUUAAAUUAACUCAAGUUGAAGACGAAUUUCAAACUAAUUACGCUGACGGAACCACCACCGUCGAAAAAGUUGAAGUAGAUACAUUUGCCGAUUCAGAUAGUGAAUAUGAUGAUGACGAAGAAGAAGAUGAUUUUGAUGUUGAAAAUGAAACUAUUUACGAUAGAGUCGUUGCUUUAAAAGAUAUAAUUUCUCCACAGCAUAGAGAUCAACUUUGUAACUUGUCAUCAACUGUGUCAAGUUAUGUUUCACUGGGAUUAAAUAAUGGUGGAAAAUUGUUAUGGACAUUGACUUCAAGUUCAUUGUUAUUGGGUGUUCCAUUAGCUUUGGCUAUCUUGUCUGAAACUCAAUUACAAGAGAUGGAAAGUAACAUUAGUUUACAACAAUCGGCACAAGAUGUUUUGGCUCCUGGUAGUGAAGAAGCCUUUGGCAAGAAGGAGCAUGCUUAG